AUGAAUAUCAACCUGUCUAUCCUGACUCUGCCUUGGGGCCUUAAUUCAUGCAGCGAUCGCAUUCGUACAUCAAUCAACGUGCUUGGCGAUGCCAUUGGAGCAGGUAUAGUACAUCAUCUCUGUGCCAAAGAGUUAGCUGCUUAUGAUGCCGAAGCCGAGCGAGAGUUGGAUGAGAUUGUGGAGGACCUCACACGCAAACACUCACACGAUGAAGCGCAUGGCUUCACUCCGGGUAGGUAUUUGUCAGCGAAUUUCAGAUUUGAAUAG